AUGUCCAUAAGACACAGUAACGAGAAUUUACCGCCUCAGGUCAGCGUGUGCGUUAUAUGCCGGGAAAAUUUUAGCGAAAACGAUGAAAUCCUAAAAACGGUAUGUUCGCACAAAUUCCACCGACAUUGUUUGCUGAAUUGGUUAAAACGCAAUCCCUCCUGUCCUCAGUGCCGUACUGCUUGCAGUAGCCGAGAUUUUUUAGCUGGUACGGGGGCACGUUCACGGGCAAAACAAACGGCUACAAGUGCUAACUCAGGCGGUAAUAAUCCAAAUUUAGAUUCGACCAGGCAAACUAAUCAGCCCGAAGAAGGAGCCAUGGGCUUACCGAUAAAUACUGAUCGCAACAACCUUGUCAAUGUAAACCUGACGAGUGAGGAAGCGCGUAUCAACACGCUAGUUAACGCUGUGAUUUCUGCUCGUCAGGCCUCUAUCUUUGACGGACUCGAAACACGAGUUACACAGUUGCUCGAACAGCAAAUUGAGGGGGCAUUAACUAACUUACUAAGCCGAGUCAAUUUAAAUGGAGCUCCACCGGUAGCCUCCAAUAACAGCAAUAAUCAAAACCAAAAUAUUUCCCAACAAAAUCCCCAUAUAUCUACUCCUGUUUUACCCCGCGAAAUGCCCUAUUUCGAAAAUUAA